AUCUUGUCUUGUGGGGAAAACAAUGGCGUCAAACCCUACCAACACAACACAACCAGCUAGCUGAUUAGUGGGCAUCAUCCAUUUUGCGUAAGUUGCUGGUCGGGAUUCCGGAAUCUAGUGUCAGUGCGCGGGUUGGAAAACGUCGAUCUCCACUUCCUGGAGCUUUUGUCGAUUCUCCACGCCCGUGCCGCACGUUCCCCGCAGUGCUAGCUAACUUAAGUACGCCGCUAUCGACCACGACACUGACAUCUACGUCUGGUAUCGUGGCAAUCUGAAAUUCCGAAUCCAAAGGAAUCGAGUUGAAUCCUAGGGAUUCAUUGAAAGAGCUGGGAAAACCCCGAUCAACCGACCAACCUCCACUUCAGACGGUGCUCAAGAAGAGAUAUCGCGACAAUGGGACUUCUCACUUACCAGCCGUUCAAAGGCGUCUACCUCAUAGGAGCCAUCGGAUUCGAGCUCGCGAGACUCCCCAUCUGGCUCAUCAAAUACCUGACCAAAUACGGACGCCAGCACCCAGAAUGGACCUUCCGCAACGCUCUCGUCGCCCGCAUCGCCUUCUCCGCCCUCUACCACCUCUCCAUGGUCCAAAUGGGCACUCCUCUCCCCCUCACCGCAGGUAAAGAGAAAGAACGCUUCGUCGUCAUCAAGCCCUUCUCAUCCGACAACUACACCGGUCCCUUCGCCCCAACCGCAGACGUCAAGCCCGUCGAAAUCGGCGCAUCAUGGUACCCAGCACCCUUGACCCCCGCCUCCGACACCAGCAAAGUAACCGUCGUCCUCCACUUCCACGGCGGCGCCUACGUAGUCGGCGACGGCCGCACCGACUCAAUGGGCUACUCCGCACACCAACUCCUCAAACACGGCGGCGCAACCCACGUCCUCGCCUCGCAGUACCGCCUCUCGAGCCUCCCCGCCUCAGCGACCUCCAACCCCUUCCCCGCCGCCGUCCAGGACGCCCUGACAUCGUACCUCUACCUCGUCCGCACGCUCGGCAUCCCGCCGUCCAACAUCAUCGUCGCGGGCGACUCCGCAGGCGGCAACGCGGCCAUCGCCCUCCUCCGCUACAUCUCGUCCCACGGCGCCGACAUCCCGGACCCGAUCCCCGCUCCCGCCGCCGCGUUCCUCUGGUCCCCAUGGAUCUCGCCGAGCGAGACGUUGAAGGGCGACUUCACGCGCACGAACGUGAACUACGGUACCGACUACCUGAGCAGGCCGUUCACGGACUGGGGCGCCGCGGCGUAUGCGGGCAAGGGCGGGAAAGAGGUGCUGGAGUCGCCGUACGUGUCGUUCAAGAGGCAGCCGUUUAAGACGGAGACGAAGAUCUGGACGCAUACGGGCGGCGCUGAGGUGCUGUUUUUCGAUGAUAAGCAGUGGGUGCUGGAGAUGAAGGCUGUGGGGAAUGAGGUGGUGUUGGAUGUGGAUGAGAAGGUGCCGCAUGAUCUGUUUUUGAUGGGGAAGCCGUUGGGGUUGGAGAAGGAGUUGGCGGCUGCGAUUAAGAGGGCGGGGGAGUGGUUUCGGGAGGUGAGGAAGUAGUUUGUAACUCUUGCGGGAGAGUAGGUUGUGGUUGAGGGUUCAUUGUGAAUUUUGCACAGCGUGUCGAUUUAGAUAUCAAACGUAGUGCCG